CUGUCGACAGGGUGCACUGGUUGCAUUAAGGUUACCGGAAAUAGCUACGGGUCCGAUGCCAACGAAGAAGAAAAAGUAAAGUGCAACAUGGCGACUCCCAUGCAUAGAAUAAUAGCCAGGAGGCAAGCGGAGGCAAACAAACAACAUGUGCGUUGCCAGAAGUGUUUGGAGAUGGGGCACUGGACCUAUGAGUGCACGGGGAAGCGGAAAUAUGUGCACAGACCGUCGAGAACGGUUGAGCUGAAAAAGAAACUCAAGGAGAAUGAAAAUAAACCCCUAAGCAUCACUGGACCAGGAAGAGAAGACUCCAGUGAGAAGAAAAUUAAAAAGAAGGCUAAAGACCCCGGCGACAGCAGCAGUGAUUCAGAUAGCUCUUCCAGUGACUCAUCGUCAGACAGCAGCGACUCCUCCAGCUCCUCUUCGGAUGACAGCGACAGCAGCAGUGACAGCGACGAUGACAGCUCUUCCUCGUCCUCCUCUUCCUCCUCCUCCUCGUCGUCCUCAGACAGCUCAGACUCAGGAAGCAGCAGCGAUUCAGAUCAAGGACCACCAAAGAAGAAGAAAAAGAAGAAGUAGAUAAACAAUAUAAUAAGUGGGUUUUCUUGUUGUCAUGUUUCCUUUUUUGUCUAAUCCAUCAUAGUAGUUUGGAUCUGGAUGGAUGGGACGCCUUUGGGGUUAUAAAUCCUACAGUUACAUACUACUCAUAUUUUUUAGGAAAAAAAUGAAGAGCAGAAAGAAAAGAUUAUUUUGGGAUGUCCAUUGUGUCAUGCGUUGUUUUCAAAACAUAUGUCUCCUUUUACUUCUGUCAUUGUUUUUAGGUGUACUGAGGAUACGCAUUUGAAAUGUCUGAGGAAACUAAUGUGCAUAUUCACGUUCAAUUUGUGACUUUUGUACUAAAGUAUAUUUUUAGUCAAAGUAAAUCUGUACAGCUCACAACCUUAAUAAAGUAACACCAUGUCUAGUAUUGACACUGACCUACAUUUACGUACGACCUACCUUUUUUUUUAAAGGAUACUGAACAAAAGUCCAUUGUUAAAUAGUGAAAUCAGAAGGUCUUGUUGCUAUGAAAUUCCAGUUGCUUGUUUCACUGUAAAAUACAUUUAGCUUGUUUUUGUUUUUAAAGACUCUUGCAUAUUUGCUAUUGUUAAAGGUUGUAUUUUGCUAAACAGACACGUUAUGACUUUACAUCUAUGAAUUUGAGAAUAAAACAGUGAUAAAUUGC